AAGGCAAGUUUUGGCUAACGGCAAAAAAUUUAUUUUCGUGUGGAAAUUGUGCGUGCAAAAAACAAUAACAAUAUAGAUGAACUUGAAGUUGAAAAAUAGCUGAAUAUAAACGGAGAAUGUUUGAAAUUGAUAAAAGAUUGAAUUGUCAAACACAUGAAAUUCAUAGAAACGCAAUACAAAAUGUAGUCAUUUAAAAAGUAAAAAUUCACCAAACCGAAUGAAAUAAAGCAGCGCAAUUUAAAUAAGUUGCCAUGGCAACAGGCGCACUUCAAAAGCGCCAUCAAAAUCAAUCAAAUAAGUGUCAACGCGACAGGUAGCAGUUAUAGCUGCUGGUUUCUAACGCCACAGGCAAAGCAGCACGUUCGCUAAGUAGCGUCGUUCUAAGAAAAUCGGGUGGAAGUGAAAAAAGGUAGGCAUGAAAUUUGAGCAUCAAAAAUUUGCUGUAAAAUUAGUGCAAAAAAUGAAGAUGUGUGUAAAUGAGUGGUAAACCUUAAAAUGUUCAAACCAAAGUUAAAGUGUGUGUGCUGCAGAAACUACAAAUUGCUUUUCGCUCAAAAUAUUUAUGAAAUUUUGUGAAAAGGCAAUAAAUAUGUUAAGCAAAUAAUACAUAGCAUAUUUAAGUUCUUGGUAUUAUCUUCUGUAUCUUCUGUAUCUCCGGUAGCUGCUCCAAUUGGCAACGUUUAUGCAUAAAUAAGUCAGCACACAACAUUUAAGCAAAUAUUAUGCCAAUGAGUGUGAUGAGAUUUCAUAAGCCAACGGAAUCAAAUUUGUCAUUCUUAAAUUUCAGUUGAGGAAUAUGCAGAGAACAGUACAUGUAGAUUGAAAUACAAUACACUUUAAAUAUACAACAUUUAAUGUGGAAAUAUAAAAAUUCUCCAUGUGAGUUCGGGACGUCAUCAAAUUUAUGUGCAUAGUUGGGGCAACAUAUUUGGAAAACAAAAAAAAUGCGUCACAAAUAUUAUAAGGCGAUUAUGUUGUGUGCUUAUAAAAAUAGCAAUAAGUACAGAUGCAAUGAAAUUAAUAAUGUUGUAAAAAUUAGGUUGAUGGAAAAGCAAAAACGGCGGCAGAGGGAUGCCACAAGCAGGCGACCAUCAAACGUGAGCCACCAGCGGAGUUGUGGAAAAUUCCAAACCCUGAUUAUGGCUAUAAAAAGAAGGGACACACGUUCAGGAAAUGUGCGAAUAAACAAAAAUGUGAGCAUAGCAACUGAAGGUGAAGACGUGAAAAAAAUAUUGGCAAAAACAAUAACAAAGAAGGCACCAAAAUACAGUCAAUAUGAAAACAAAAUUGAAGAAGUCGAUGAUAAUGAGUUUUCUGAAAAAACUAUUUCAGUUUAAUAAAGAAAAAAAAAUAUCUUUAAAGUAUAGCAACAGUGUCCGUAAGUGAAUGCGCGAGAUCCUUGAACAUUUUCACAUAAUUCCUUUGCUUCAAUUACACGCCACUGAAUAUCCGAACUUGUGUUUAAUGAAUUUUAGUUUUAUUUUAAUUUUAUUUUAAUUUUGUCGCGGAAGUGAUUAAAGUUCUCGACGUCUAUCUGCUCCCUUUCGUACGUUUUCUUUUCAUUGCGCCUUCCCCGUAAAGCCUGUGGCGGACGUCAUUUCCGUUAACACUACCGGUGCUGUUUAAACCUCACUCUUCCGCCAAAUACGACACGCAUUGCCUUCACAAAUCUCAGCUGCCCCAUUUGCUGGCGUCACGACUAAGAGUAUUAGCAGUUCGCGGCCGACAUUGCCAACUGGCGGCAGACAGCAGCUGGCUGGCUGGCUGACAGUUUGUCCUCCACCAACAGGCAACGCAACAAUUUGCAAUUCAAAUUAAUUGACGUGCAAUAGCAACAAGAACAAAUACAUUUAACAACAGAUAUUACAACUAAAUACCCAACAACAACAAUAAUAAAGAAAUAUAAAAAACAAAAAACAACCAAAAAGGUAUAUAAGUUAAAUACAUUGGCGGCAUUGAAUAACAACGUCAGCGGCUUUCACCUUUAAAUUACACACAACCAACAAAUCGGCCUUUCAACCUUUCUCCAUGUAAUUCUAUUUAUAGAAACUUUCGCACUUUUAACGCGGCCACCGCCCUUUCCAGCUCACAGCACUUACGAGUGAACGAGUGAAAUAAAAGGAGAAAAAUAAAUAGAAACAACAACUUCCUCAGCCUAGUCACCCUGCUCCCGCGAUGAUAACUCGCCUGUACAAUACAGAGGAGAAUCCUGCCCUUUGUUCCUUAAUUUGGGGCAGAGACUUGAAUGCAUCGAAUGUGAAUGAACAAAUCGAUGAGAAUGGUGGCGGUGAUGGCGAGACGACGCUUGUUGGUAGCGUCUCAGGCGCUGCACCAACACUUUACAGCGCACACAGCAGUUAUGGUGGCUCAGUUGGCGCUGGCAUCGGUACUAGCAUUGCAGAGACAGAGGAUAUAGUUAUUGGCAGUGCAAAUGUUGGCGGCGCUGGCGGCAGUAGUUUGCGUGAUGAUUUUUUCAUUGCCAACGAGUUCGACGAAGACCCACGCACCGAAGCCUUACGCGAGUACUCAUACGGUAUUAUUUUACCGAUAAUCUGUUCGCUUGGCAUCAUUGGUAAUGUCCUUAAUCUGGUUGUACUGACGCGCAGAAAUAUGCGCGGCACGGCUUACAUUUACAUGAGAGCUUACUCGACCGCAGCGCUUUUGGCCAUCGUAUUUGCCAUACCCUUUGGUAUGCGUAUGCUGGUGCAUAAGGAUCGUGGACGUUGGGAGGAAUUUGGACCUGCCUUCUAUACAGCACAUCUGGAGCUCUUUCUGGGAAACGGUUGCUUAGGUGUUGGUGUCAUGAUGCUGCUGGUACUCACCAUCGAGAGAUAUGUCUCAGUAUGUCAUCCGGGAUUUUCACGCCCCGUGAUGGGACCGCCUUACAUUGUCGUGUUCCUAACAACUUUGAUCACAUUCAUCAUCUACUUGCCAAGCGUGUUUCGUGGCGUCCUAGUCAAGUGCGUAUUGCAUACAGAUGGCAACUAUGUUUACUUUAGACGUGAUAAUAAUGAAUUCCUAAAGACACUUUUUUAUUCGGUCUACAAAGUAAUGCUUGAGGUGAUAUUCAAGCUAAUACCAACGGUGGUAAUCGCUGGUUUAAAUUUACGCAUUAUGCUAGUUUAUCGAAAGACUUGUCAACGAAGACGUGAAAUGCUUAUAUCACGUUCAACGUGUGUACGUGAUGAGGAUCCGAGGAAGUUUGCCGAAGAGAGGAGACUGUUUUUGUUACUAGGUAGCACAUCAAUUUUAUUUCUCGUUUGUGUCUCACCCAUGGCAAUUGUGCAUAUGACGAUAGCUUCGGAGGUGUUGCCAAGCUUUUCAUUUCAGGUUUUUCGCGCCUUGGCCAAUUUGAUGGAACUCGCAAACUACUCAAUAACAUUCUAUAUUUAUUGCUUGUUUAGUGAAGAUUUUAGAAAUACCCUGAUACGUACUAUCAAAUGGCCCUGGGUAGGAACGAAAUUGUGUCAAAAUGUAGACGAGAUCUCCAACACGAGAGCAACACCGUUAAUACAUUUUAACAAAAUAGCACUGCGUAAUCAUCAUAUAACAACGACAUCGGGGGUAUGUACCGGCAUGGGACGUUCUAGCAGUAUAUGAUGGGCUACAUAUGUAUAUAUAAAUAAUUAGUUACUAAUUUAAGUAAA